CUCGAUGCAGAUAAAAUAUGCUGAACAGAAGCAUAUGUCUGACAAACAUCUCAAGUAAUCUUUGAUCUACGUACAGUAUGCUCAUCGAACGAGAGAGGUAAGUUUGUAAAUAUUCUUUGGUGGUUUUUAGGUAGGAAGAUUAUGUGUUUUCCUUGCGAUGCGAACGGUGCCAAUGCCAUCUGGCGUCGCCAACGUCAGUCCUUGCAGCUUUCGCGACCCGUGAAUCGUAAUCAAUCCGCGGAUUGAAAUUUCCAAACCACCACAAUGCCUCUCCCAGCUCCUCCCAGUAUCUCUCUUCCUGACCGGCAGCAAUUCGACGGUUCAGGCCCUUUCAGUCCGCACGAGGAGUGUCUUUCCAGCGCCAGCGACACCGAGUACCAGCAUGCUCUAGAGGUCGUCUUCGAUCCUCAAAAUGCCCAUCGUAGAAAAUCUUCCCUCGUAACAACCGACCCCGCCAACGCAUUCCUCCGGAGGAAAAACACGGAAUGCUACGUCCACGCACUCCUCGAAAGCCAGCGACAGCACGACGGCUCGCACAAUGGCGCGCUCGAAUCCAUCGCCGAGACGCUGUCGCAGAGUCGGAUAGCCAGCGGCAUGGAGUCACAUACAGAUCGAGAUACAGCUGUGGAGCCCAAGGGCGGCGAGGAUGCUGGAGAUCCGUGUGGGCAGGAAGACGAAAAGUCGUGGAAGGAGAGGAUGGAGGCUAAGCAUGCGGAACACGAUGUUAAUGAUAAUCAGAAGUAUGAUGUUGCGGUGGGAGAGGAUCCGCAUGCGGUGCAUAGCAGGCUCUUGACUAAGAAGCAGCUGUCGGAUAUGGCGUGGGGAGUGAGGGAGUUGAGUAAGAGGUUGGGGAGUAUUCGGUUGAAGCUUAAGGUCAAGACGGUGUUUCUUCUGACUAAGGCUCACGAUGAGGGCUUGAUUGGCAAUACGAGGGAAGUUGCAAAGUGGUUGCUGAGUCCUGAGAGGGAGGUCAGGUACACGGUUUGGGUGGAAGACAACUUGAAGGAGAAUAGAAAGUUUAACGCCAAGGGCUUGUUGGAAGAACUCGAGGAUGACUACUCGAAGAACGAGAAAGCGAACGGGGAGGAACCGAAGCUGGAGAAGAGGUUACGAUACUGGCGGAACGACAUGUGCCGGACGAGGCCUCAUACUUUUGACUUUGUGGUUACGCUGGGAGGUGAUGGAACGGUUCUCUAUGCCAGUUGGCUGUUCCAGCGGAUCGUUCCUCCAGUGCUGAGUUUUGCUUUGGGCAGUUUGGGAUUCUUGACGAAAUUCGAUUAUGAUGAAUAUCAGGAGAUAUUAACGAAGGCUUUCAAAGACGGCGUUACGAUUAGUUUGAGACUUAGAUUCGAAGGCACGGUAAUGCGGAGUCAAAAAAGGAAAAGAUCCAGGAUACAAAAUGGGGAUACAUCAGUAGCCCCCGAGCAAGAAGACGAAGACAGCAAUGAGAACAGAGAUCUAGUUGAGGAACUAGUUGGGGAGGAGAAGGAGGAUGAGAGGACACAUCGACCGGACGGCACAUACGAGAUCCUAAACGACAUCGUCGUUGACCGUGGUCCGAAUCCAACAAUGUCCUCCACCGAGAUCUUCGGCGACGACGAGCACUUCACCUCCGUCCAAGCAGACGGCGUCUGCGUCGCCACUCCCACAGGCUCAACAGCCUACAACCUCGCAGCCGGCGGUUCCCUCUGCCAUCCCGAGAACCCCGUGAUCCUGGUAACAGCCAUCUGCGCGCACACGCUGUCCUUCCGGCCCAUCAUCCUGCCCGACACGAUCGUGCUGCGGGUGGGCGUGCCGUACGAUGCGCGGACGAGCAGCUGGGCGAGCUUCGAUGGGAGGGAGAGGGUGGAGUUGCGGCCGGGGGAUUACGUGACGAUUAGUGCGAGUCGGUAUCCGUUUGCGAAUGUGAUGCCGCAGGGGAGGCGGAGUGAGGAUUGGGUUAAUAGUAUUAGUGGGAAGUUGGGGUGGAAUACGAGGCAGCGGCAGAAGAGUUAUAAGGAGUGGUCGAAGUAGAUAUUGGUAGAUUCUUAUAAUGGAAUCCCGGACCUGUACGUUCAUCGUGCGCUGCGG